AACUUGAUGAUUUGAGACAAAAAUGGUUUCUAGCAAAAAAUUGCCCCGAUGACCCACCAGAAUCAACAGCUAUUACAGUUGAAGCAGUUGGUGGAUUAUUUGCUACUUUUGCAGUUAUUACUUUUAUAACGGUAUUAUUAUAUUUAUGGACUAAAAGACGUAAUAUUAAAAAUUAUUUAUCAAAAUUUAUACAUAAAAAAGAAUCAUUAACAAAUGCAAAAUACUCCUCGAAAAGAAAUUCAAACGAAAAUUCUGAACAUGUACAAAAUGAUCAAGUAGUCUUGCGAGAUAUUUCAUCCUUUUAA